GAGCAAAGGGAAGCUGGGGCCCUGCUGCCCCUCCCCUCCUCCACCCUGGGCCAGGACUCCCCCCUAGCCUGGCUGGGAGUCAGCUCUGUGACAUCGCGUGACAAAUAAAGAGGGCGGUGAUGUCAGCACUUGGUUGCCCUGCUACGGAGGCUCUAGAAGUUUGCGGACAGUAUUUAUAGAGCCUCUCCUCGGGACCCAAGGCAUUUUAGACUCGCUCGCUAGGACAGCUAUAACAGUCUUGGGUAGGAAAUGCUCCUGAUAGUGUAGCGCCAUGGCCAGCGAGUGUAAUGAAGAGCACCCUGAAGUCCAGGUGGCCCCGUCGGUCAGCAAAGAACCAGUGAGCAAGCCCCCAUCUCUUCCUUCACCCGACCCCAAGGUGGAUUCAGAGCAGGUUUCGGACGGGCCUGAUGACCGAGCCCUGGGCCAGGAUCCUGGCUCCCAAGAGAGCCUGCCACCAGAAGAACCAAACCAGAGUGUGACCAGCGAGGAAGGCCACGAGAACCUUCUUGGGCUCUCCUUCCCCAGAAAGCUUUGGGUGAUCGUAGAGAGCGAUGCCUUCAGGUCUGUGCAUUGGAGUGGGGAAGGAGACACCGUGGUCAUCGAGGCGGACCUUUUCCAGAGUGAAGUCCUUGGCCGGAGGGGCGCUGAGAGGAUUUUUGAGACGGACAGCUUGAAGAGUUUCAUUCGCCAGCUGAACCUCUACGGAUUCAGCAAGAUCCGCCCAAAGGACACUGGGGUUCACUCUCGGGUGAACAAAAGAACGAUGAUCUACCGCAACUCCAACUUCCAGAAAGACAAGCCGGGCCUCCUGGAGAACAUCUGCAAAAAAGGACAACGGAGAAACUCUGCUCGGCGAGCAACCUGCGCGCCAAAGCCUCCGAAGAACCCGGCUGGGCAAGAGACUGGCGCGUCCUCUCCGAAGAGAAAGAAGCUGGUGGCCACCAGACACUCCCCACGAUUCCACCGAUUCCACCGUGAGGUCGGGGCAGAGGAGGCGCUGCCCCAGAGGGAAGCCCCCGACGACCAGGGCCCCAGAGGCACGCAGUCCUUCAUGCUCUCUGGGGUGUGGGCUAUGGGCAAUGCCUCCGAUCUUCCCCCGGAAAACCAGGCCCCUCAGGAGCCCAGGGGCCCAAGUGGGGAGGGCACCUCUGGGAAUGACACAUCUGUGCCCCAGGCUACUGCCGGAAUGGAAGGCGAAGGGGAAGUACCCGGCAGCCCCCCAGGUUUCCCCGAUUACUGUUCCGUCAUGUCUCUGUACAACACUUGUUACUCCAUCCUGCUGGCCGCCCUCUCGGCCAUGUCCCCAAGGGAACCCUUUGACGGAGGCGAGGAGGAUGACAAUGAGGAGGAGGAGGACGUGCAGGAGGGCUCCUCAGAUUACAAGUGUGCACUGUGUGAGCAGUUCAAAGACAAUUCACGUCUGUGAACUCAGCCCACGCACAGAAGACGAAGGUCAGCAUUUUCUAAUGUUGAACCUACUUUUGGUCUUGAUAAAGAAAAUGAAACUCUGAAGGGGUAAAUAAAUGAUCUA